GGAGACAACGCCAGCCUCAGUGGGCCCCGUUCGGCACCCAAGUGCUUCUCUUCCUCCAGGCCAUUUCUGUCAUCAUCGUAGGAGUCAUGUGGCCGUGGCAGCUGUGCGUUGGCUUUCUAUGGUCCACUGUGACUCUCCUUGCUCUCCCAGAGGCUCAAGAGAAACCCUUUGUAAGUACCUGGAUGGAAAAAACUGUAGUGGAAUUUGGAAGCUCCGUGGUGGUAAACUGCAGUACCAACUGCAAAGACAUCCGUGAUGGUGGCCUAGAGACCCACCUAAAGAGAGAGGCCGCAGGAGAAGGACCCACGUGGAGAGCUUUCAGGCUUGUCAACAUCAGCCGCUGGGAGCCCACACCUUGGUGCUAUUUUGACUGUGGUGAUUUUGAGAUGAAGCCCCAUCGUGUGAACUUCACCAUUUACCGAGUGCCAGAGCUUGUAGAGCUGGAUCCGGUGCCAGUGAUGGAGGUGGGAAAGAACUACACCUUGACCUGCCGGGUUUCCAGCGUGGCCCCCAUCCGCAACCUGUCUGUGGCCUUCCUCCAAGGGGGGAAGAGACUGCACCUGCAGACUUUUGAGAAGCACGCUGCACGCGAAGCCAGUGAUGUUGUGGUGACCCACAUUGUAACUGCUCAGCAGGCUGACCGUGGGGAGGAAAUCAGCUGCCAUGCGGCCCUGGAUUUGCGGCCGGAAGGGCAGCUCUUUGGACAGGCCUCUCUCAACCAAUCGCUGGAGACUGUGGAUGAGUUCACGUCCAGUUCUUUGCAAGGCAAAAGUGCAACCAGACCCAAAAGUAUCAGCUGA